GACGACAUUUGGAGGCGUGGCACGGACUUGCGCAUGCGCUCUACAUUAUUGUGUUGAUCGGGCGGGUUAAUGGCAGAGAUUUUCUGUCACGUUAAUACAAAAUAACGAGGUAGCCCUGAGUCAGAAGAUAUCAUAUUGAUCGGCUUAACACUUUUAGUCGACAGCUCAUUCUUUAGUUUACCCGAGCAGAAGUGUCCGACAGCGUGUUGUCAGCUAAUGUCGAUGUUAGCUUGCCAGCUAACAAGUCAAUUUGAUGUUUGUGUCACAUACUGUAGCUAACUUUAGCGUCAACUCGGCCACCGAUUCGUAAACCUCAGGUGGAUGCUGCUGUGACAGGCCACACGGGACAAGAUGAUGUUGCCAGAUGCUGAUACGGAGGUGGCUGUGUCAGAUGGAAAAGGAAAAGGGAAGGGGAAAAGAAGUAAGACGCUCUCACUGGACGACUGUGUGUGUCCGGUGUGUUUGGAGAUAUUUUUGGAGCCCGUGACACUCCCCUGCACACACACCUUCUGCAAGGAAUGUUUCCUGGAGUCGGUGGACAAAAGCUCGUUGUGCUGCCCCAUGUGCAGGAAGAGGGUCUCCACGUGGGCCAGAAAGAACAACAAGAACAAGACACUGGUCAACGAGAAGCUGUGGAGCCAAAUUCAGAUCAACUUCCCUCAGCAUUGUCAGCGUCGCCUCAGCGGGCAGGACGCCGUCAGCGAGGACGACGUAGGAGUGUUUUUUCCCAGGGUCAGCCAACCUGGAGAGCUGAGACAAGAAUAUCAGGAACAGAUCACCAAACUGACAGAGGAGAAGCGUGAGCUGGACGAGGAGGAGCGACGGGCCAGUGAGGAGUACAUCCAGAGACUCCUGGCUGAGGAGGAGCUGCUGCUGACGGAGGAAAGGAGGCGGCAGGAGGAGGAUGAGCGCCUGGCCGUAGUGCUCAGCAAAGAGCUGAAUGCUGCAUCUGUCUCCCAGGACGACCAGCAUCCUGCUAAUGUCACUGUGGCCAGGAAGAAAGUCAAUGCAGGACACAUAGAAAGGUUUUUAUGUCGUCUUCCGUCGAAAUCAAGCCCGUCACACUGCAGCUCCAACAAGGAAAACAUCCUCCUCUCUCAGGAUGAGCAUCUCCCUCAGUUGGACUUCUAUGGGUCUCUCACAGCGGACCACUCAGAAGCUGAUUGUGGCAGUCCACUCUCUGUGGUUUUCCCAGCGGAGGAGGAGCGACGAAACAAGAGCCACGCCAGCGGAGACGAAGGACCCUCCUCAGCAAAGAGGAAAAGCUCCCAACUGGAAGCAGAGGCCGAGGAGGCGAUCACCAAGCGAGGGCUAAGUCACUACUGCUCCCCUCCCUCCUCCACUUACUCCUCCUCCUCCUGCUCCUCCUGCUCUUCUAUCUCGCUGGAAAGGGGCGCGACGGCGCUGCGGGGGGUGAUUGAAUUGGAGGCGGAACUCCAGAGCCGGCGGCGCCAGGAGGAGGAGGACAGGCAGAUGGCGCUGCUCCUGCAGCAGGAGCUCAACGAGGAGGAGAGGCAGCAGCGCACCGACAGGCGCAAAGGAAGCGCCGACGCCUACCUGUUGCGACAUGAAAGCUCCUCCCGCAAGCGCGGCAGAGCCAUCAAGGCUCCAAAGACCUCCCCCCGAGCCACUUGCACUUCCUCUGCUUCUCCCUCUCUGGCAUCUUCCAGCUCCUCCAUUCCUAGCAGAGGGAGCAAGCAGACCAGCCUGACGGAUAUGUUCCCCAGCCUGAGCAGCUGAACCACCUUCAACACUGUUCACUGACUUCCUGCCUUUAGAGGACCAGGACUUGGUCAGAUCCAUUUGUCUGCUGGAAGCGCUUCCAUCACUUUCUAUUUGAAUGACUUUAAACAAACAAAACGAAAGUUGCUAUGUUUUUUACAAAAAUGGUUAGAAAGUUGCCUUCAGAUGUUUAUUGCUGAGUUGUUUUGGUGCUUCUACAUUUCAUAGGCUAAAAAAGGUAACAGAUGUUUGCUCCUUGCCUGGUCGUAUAAUCACUGAGAUCUUCUGAUGGCUUUUAUCUCAGUAUGUGUCACCUGUUUGCUCUCCUUGAGGUUGAGGACUUUAAAGAUACACACUGGACUUGUGUAAGAUGGCUUGCACUCGCAUUUUGAUCACAUAGAAGUCAGUUUAGCACCAUGACACUAAUGCUGUUGUUGUCAUGUUGACAAGCUGUCAAGACCGGUUUUCAUCCAUACAGAGGUUCUGGUUCUGGCCUUGAGGUGCUUGUCAUGUUGGAGCAGUAGUGUGUGUGCGCGGGUGGAGUGUGGCAUCAUUUCCUGUUCACUUGCAACUUAUUUG